GCCAUGACGACCGCGGCUAGGUCGCGGCAGACUCGGUUGGUGACUCCGGGCGCGUCGAAGAUCUUGUACCUGUCGUUCGCAGUGGCUCAGUUUCCCAGUAAUCCAUAAGAACAGCAGGGAUAACAGGGUCCCAUGUCGUUUUUUUUGUCAGAAUUCCUCGACUGGCGACCCUGUGCCCGACAGGCUGCGCCGCGCCCGGCGCACUGACUCCGGCCUCUGCGCGCGCCCCCUGGCCGGCUCCGGGGUGGGGAGGGGGCUUCGCAGAUCCCCAGAAAACCGCCCGGCGAGCCACGAGCCCCUGGACUGCAGGCUCCGUUUCCUCGUGGGGUGUUCACUUUGUAUCAGUGUGUUGAUUUGCCGCCAGUUAGAAGCACCUUAAAAAGGGGCCGGGGGCCGUAGGAGGGGGGCUUGUCUGAAGGAGGCUCUGGGCUUGCUGAUCCACGCAGCGGUUUGUCGCGAGGCUGCGGGGGAACGGCCCACGGCCGCGGUAACAGGGCUUCGUCUUCUUUGCAGAGCCAUGGGCAGCAGGAAGAAGGAAAUUGCCCUGCAGGUCAACAUCAGCACCCAAGAGCUUUGGGAGGAAAUGCUCAGUUCCAAAGGACUAACUGUUGUUGAUGUCUAUCAAGGCUGGUGUGGCCCCUGCAAACCUGUGGUGAGCCUCUUCCAGAAGAUGAGGAUCGAGGUCGGCCUGGACCUUCUGCACUUUGCAUUAGCAGAGGCAGAUCGUCUUGAUGUCCUCGAAAAGUACAGAGGGAAGUGCGAGCCAACCUUUCUGUUUUAUGCAGGAGGAGAACUGGUGGCUGUGGUUAGAGGAGCAAAUGCCCCACUGCUGCAGAAAACCAUCCUAGACCAGCUGGAGGCCGAAAAGAAAGUGCUGGCUGAAGGCAGAGAACGGAAAGUGAUUAAAGAUGAGGCUCUUUCUGAUGAAGAUGAAUGUGUUUCCCAUGGAAAGAACAAUGGUGAAGAUGAGGACAUGGUUUCAUCAGAGAGGACCUGUACCUUGGCCAUCAUUAAACCAGAUGCAGUGGCCCAUGGAAAGACUGAUGAGAUUAUCAUGAAGAUUCAGGAAGCUGGGUUUGAAAUUCUAACAAAUGAAGAGAGAACCAUGACAGAGGCAGAAGUGCGACUUUUCUACCAACACAAAGCUGGAGAGGAGGCAUUUGAGAAGCUGGUACAUCACAUGUGCAGUGGACCGAGCCACCUCCUGAUCCUCACCAGGACUGAGGGCUUCGAGGACGUGGUCACUACCUGGCGAACCAUCAUGGGCCCCCGUGACCCCAAUGUGGCCAGGAGGGAGCAGCCUGAAAGUCUCCGAGCUCAGUACGGCACAGAAAUGCCCUUCAAUGCCGUCCAUGGAAGCCGGGACAGAGAAGAUGCUGACAGAGAACUGGCAUUGCUCUUCCCCAGUUUGAAAUUUUCAGACAAAGAUACAGAAGCCCCUCAGGGCGGUGAGGCUGAAGCAACAGCGGGGCCCACUGAGGCGCUUUGCUUUCCUGAGGAUGUGGAUUGAGAUGGCUGUGCUGCUCUUCCAGAGCAUGUGACCAGGGGUCUACUGCACAAAACAGACCUCCGGAAUCGGAACUUACUCUUUUGAGUACCAAUACUUUUUGGUUUAGCUGUCUUUUGUAGACAAUGAAAAUAAUAUGGCUGGGCGCAGUGGCUCACACCUGUAAUCCCAGCACUUUGGGAGGCCGAGGCAGGUGGAUCACCUGAGAUCAGGAGUUGGAUACCAGCCUGGUCAACAUGGUGAAACCCCAUCUCUACUAAAAAUACAAAAAAUUAGCCAGGCGUGGUGGUGUGCACCUGUCAUCCAGCUACUCGGGUGGCUCAGGCAUGAGAAUCGCUUGAACCCGGGAGGUGAAGGUUGCAGUAAGCCGAGAUCAUGCCACUGCACUCCAGCCUGGGUGACAGAGUGAGACUCCAUCUUAAUAAUAAUAAUAAAAAAAAAAAGUAAAGAAAGAGAAUAGUAUAUACUUUUUUGCCUUAUUAAACAGUAUGUAGAACGCAGUUUUUUUUUUUCUGUCUUUGGGAUUUUACAAAAUAAUUGAACAUCAGUUAUUACAUCCUGUUGUGAGAUAUAAGUGUCAUCUCAGAGGAUACUGGGUUAUAUGAGAUGGUGUUUCCCCAACAAUAAAUCUACCUUAUGAAUUAAACAAUUUUAGAACUUAAUUUGGUAACCAUGAGCUUGAAAACAGCGCAGCAAGAUUGGCUAUGACACUUCCAGGCACACUGAUGCCGAGGCAGAUAUAAAUAGGCUCCAAAUGCUUCCUCACACUGCCUGCCCAAGUCACACCAACAGUCAUUUAAUGCUGCCAGAUUUCCCCAUCUGCAGUUCUCCAUUACCAGGGCAUGUUCAUAAAGCAAUGCUCAGACAUUAAAUUUGGAACCAGGGUUCAUCUAAUUUUCUUGACGCAUCCCUCCCCCAUUUCUCUGGCUUCUGAUUCUGGCUGACACCUAAAUUUAAAAGCUGAGAGCUCCUAGUGGGGCCAGGUUGCCUUCAGCUCCCACUGAAUUGCCUGGCUUAGCCAUCCCUCUGCAGUUCUUCCCUUGAGGGACACAGGAUUUCAGUAAAAAGUAGCUAUUAUGACCACUUGGGAAUUAUUAGCACACAAUGCCACCCCCUCUAACGACUUUAUUUGUAAAUUUGCCAAGUGCCGGCAUACUUUUUCCUAUCUGAGGAGAAGGCCAUUUUCUUCUACACCACGAAGCAAAUGCCAGCGUCUUCCUCCUUGCUGGUUUUGUCCAUGACUUGAAGUUCUUUAAAUGGGCAGUUAGCUCCCAGAGGACAUUUUCGUGGGUGCAUCACACUUCGUCAGCCUACCACAACACAGUCUGUGCUCAGGGGACACACAGAUAAGUCAGUCCCCACAGUUGGGAACCAAGGCCAGUGACCUUCAGUAGGCCCUACUGUUUAAGGCCACUGUGCUUCCUAGGACCUCGUGCCACCCCUGGAUGGAAACACACAUGUCCACAGUGCUCAUUGGAACCUGUACAGGAUCUCAAUGUGCCCAACAGAGCCCUCACUGACAGGACCUGUCAGGAAGCUGGAUGCACUAUUCCAGAUCCCCAGACUCACAGCCCACCAUGGGGCUGUGCUCUUCCCUUUGGGAGUGGGCUCAAGAGUGGGGCCCAUAUGGUCUGUGCCCACUUCACGAGUGGCAAACGACUUGGAGAAGCCCUAUGCCUGGGCUUCCACACCACAGGUGUGUGUGGCUCUGAAUGAGCUACUUGGAGGGGGGGCACCCAGCUGACAGCCAUCUGAUCUCCCCAGAAUCUGGGAAGCCAAGGAUCUUCCAACAUUGGUGAGAUGAGAGAUGGAGCCACCAGGACCUCCCAAAGCAGGGGAGAGAGGGGAAAAUGAGGUUGGGGAACUGAGCCUGUCGGCGGCGAGUGUUCUUGUGUCAGUGAUGGAUGAAGUAGCUGGGCAGGGCAGUGGGAAAGCAAGUGGGGCACUAGGUGAUGGGGCAGGAGUGGGAGGAAUGGUGACAUGCCCCUUCCUCCCAUUACUGGUGACUCAGGGAUGCUGUGGGUUCAGCAUUGCAGGACAUCUCUAAGAGUCCACAAGUUUCAUGGCAUAAGGAACAGGGGAAUGGGGUGUAAGGGGGUUCCCGAGAGUGGCUCAAAUAUCAGCCCACUCCCAGAGGAUGGAACUCAUUGGCGGAGAACCUAGGCCUGGUUUCACACAACAGAAGCAAAUACGGAAGUAAAGGAUGGGUGCUGUUUUUGGCUUUAAGAUCUCUCGGCUCCUGGGUGUGAGGGCCUGACAAGGAGGAGGGCAGGCUGGGCUCCACGAGGUCAAGGAGGGGGGUUUUAUUUAAGGACUGGCUCUGGACCUCCACUCAGCCUGAGGGCAGAUUGCUUGCCAAAGCCAGGAGCCAGGGGCUGCAGAGAUAGAGAAAAGGUGGCUUAGUAGUCCACUCAGUGGCCCUUGGGGGGUUCCCUCAGCCUUCCCUAAAGCCAGAUCCUGGACCUUCUCUCAUGCUGGAAAUAAACAUGUGCCUCUCUGCCCAGUAAACAGGCAAGGGGCAGGAUGGGGACAGCACCAGUUCCUAUCCCAGGUGGCAAGAAAUUGGAACCGUUCUGUCAGCCCUCCAUCAAGAUCUGGGGUGGGAGUCCCCCUUCCCUCCUUAGGCCUCACUUCCAAGUUUUCCUGUGGUAGUUAUGGGAAACAGGGGCCUGCUUGGCCCUGCUCCUACUCUCUUCACCUUACCUUGGGUCCUCUCAGAGGUUCCCACCAUGAUUAUUCCCUCUCUUGCUAGCCACCUCAUCAUCCUCCCGCCACUCUGGCGCAGGUGUCCUUGGCUUUGUUUCCAGUGAGGCCUUGAGAUAGGAGAUGUGCCUACAAUUCAGAGAUGGGAAAAGGUGGCAGUGCGUAGUAGACGAAGAGCACCUGUGUGUCCUUGCAGAGGGAUAGCAAGCUCUUGCAUACUGUGCAGCUGGUGGCAGUGGAGAUGGGGCAUACCUAAGGAGAAGAGGAUGGAGGGGGUGGACAUGACAUUGGGGAUGGGAUAUCUUGUGGCUGGGAGUGGCCACCUGUGAAGGGUCUGCUGGCCUUCAGAAGGAGGCCAAAAAGAGAAGGGUCCUCAGACUGCUGCAGAUGCCUCUGGGAGCCACACUUACCUUAAGGCACUAGGUCCCACUCUGAAAUGCAAAGCCACUUCCCAGCCCUUCAUUUACCAAGAAUCACAGGUUCCAAAAGCGUGUACACAUUAUCUUCUGAUGUUUCCUAAUGUUCUAGACAUUUGGAAAACAGACUCCUUUUUAGAAGUU